AUGAGUCACAAGCGCUGGGCCAUUCAGCGGCCGGGCUCGUGCAUUGACAGACCCAAGCCGAGAACCACGAUCCUUGGCGAUGAUCAUGACGCCUGGGGUAGUAUUACACAUUGCACAGUGCAUCGCCGCUCUCGCACUUACAUGCUCUCCUCUCAGCACGAGGCGCUUACAGUGUCAAUACGCAUCCGCCAAUCAUGGCCCUCUGCAACUUACACCUCGAGAUCGAAGCGCGUCCGCGAUAAUUCUUUACAGAGACAGAGAAGGAAAAAAAGAGACGUGUUUCAGAUUCUUCUCUUUCUCGUGUUCCCAAUGAGAGACGAGUUGUCUAAUGUUUCUUGUUUCGUGGAGAGUCCAGGGGAUCGGAUGGGUCCUAUGCCGGAGCCCACAGCCUACAGCCCGUCAGCCGCCCAUCGCCAACCAUUGUCCUUCUCUGCUUCAUCGACAGCAUAA